AUGCAGACUUGGCUAGGCCUAUUUUACAAGUACCUUAACACGCCAGACUGUAGGAGAAAGAGAGACAAAAACCGUCUCCAGCAUGCCACCCACGUUCGAACAAUUUUAGAAGAUAUUGACCUAAAGGGGAAAGACCUCGAGAUGCUAUCAGAAGAUGAAGGAUACAUUGUAUGGACAGAGUGGGUGGACAGAAAAUUAGAAAGAAAGCGGUCAGGUACUGUCCGUUCACACCUUGGCUCUUACAAUCACUUUCUCAAAUUUGUCACCAAACAGAGGGUGAGAACAGACGAUGUUAAGGAGGUGAUCUCUGCCUGGUGCCAAACCACUGACCUUGACAUGCGUCCUCAAAAAAAAAACGAGAAAAUUCUCAAGACCUGCGAUAAUAAGCUGACUAAUGAUGAUGUAGAGAAAUUCCAUAGAAGCAAAGCAAUCUUAGAAAUCCAAGACUUCGUAGAGGCAGCAGUGUGAGGAGAACCACUGAGCAAUGUAGAAAAAUGUGAGUUGCAUGAUUACAUCUUGACCAUGCUCACCUUGACCGUGCUGGAGAAGCUAACUUUGGAAAAUUACACCACUGCAAGGGUCAAUCCCAAAAGUGGCAGAUGAGUGAUCUUGGUCCCAAAUCACAAAAGAUCAGUGGACGGCCCCACCAUGCUACCUGUGAAAGAAUAUGUUCAGAACCUCUUGGAUGUUUGGGUGAAGUUUAUUCGGCCAGCCUUUUCAGAGAAAGGUUUUAAGAAUCUCUUUCUCCAGAUAGAUGGAACUGCUUUUGACGGCUGGACCAUUGGAAAAUGA